CCGAUUCGGGACGGACAGCCCCGGUUUGGGAUGGACAGCCCCGCCCGGCAUAGCCCCGCUCCCGCCCCGCGCCGCCGAGGGCAGGGAUGCUUGAACUCCACAGAGCAGACUUGCCUGCUGAGGAGAGCACAUGCCAGAGGUGCUGCUGUGGGUGAGAGGAGCUCUGGUGCCUGUUGAGGCAGGAGCUGCUCCUUCCCCCGCUCCCCUCUGUGACUGACGCUGGCACCAGGAUCGCUGCAACUGAGCCUGAGGAAAAGCAGAGGAGCCUGACUUUGCUGAGGGAAUUCUCCUGGCAGGGGAAGGCAUGCAGCAGAGCCUGGAAGUGCAAGUCCAGGUGCUAGGGUGAGUUCCACCCGAGCCAUGCUGUGGUGACUCCUCUCUCUGCACCGCGUCUUGCUCGGCACCAGGGCACUGUGAGCGGCUGCCCAUGGCCCUGGGCUGGACUAGUGCCUGCUCUGAGUCCCCUUGAGAUACCUGAGGAACUGAAGAAGACAGCAGGGAAGAUGUUGGACUUGAGCUUCCUGACCGAGGAGGAGUAUGAGAAGCUGAUGAAGGUUCUGCAGAGAGAUGCAGAGCUGAAGAAGAAGGAUGGAGAUCGCAUCAGGAGGAUUCAAGGCUCCAUCACAGAUGAAAAGAAGAAGAAGUUUGUGACAGGUGAAUGGUUUUCAGAAGUGAAGGCAAAACGGUUCCAGGAAGACUUGGCAGGGCCGGAUCUCCUUCGGGCAUCCAUUAGAAGGAAGAAGGGCAAGCUAGAAAGUGAGGACAAGAAGCACAUCCAGACGAGUCUGGAAAGCAAAGCUGCCCCAGUUCCUGCCUUUCCUGAGGACAUUGCUGGUGCAGGAGAGGAAAGAUCCAGUACACCUACUCUUGAGACCACAGAGCAGAAAAUUUUGCCAAAACCGAAGCCAAAACUUCCUGUCCAUUUAUCUGCAUCAUACAAGAGUUCCAGCAUACAUGAUGUCUCUUCCUCAGAGAGUGACACAGGAACAAGUCCAGUUGUGACUGCAACAAACAGCUUUCAUUUGUCUGGAAAAGGUCAUGGAGAUUCUCCAGUGCCCACCAGGCUUUCAGAGGAUGCUGAACCUCAGCCCAGCACUGCAGCUGGAGGAGAAGCUGCUGAUGGACCCACAGAGGGGCCAAAAACUCCUCCUGAGGAAACUUAUCCUCCCAGCAAAAUCCCAGUCAAGAAGAAACCAAGCAGAACCUUCCUGAAGUGUGAGCAGGCUGUGAAUCACACGGGGCCAGCAGAGAACAGCCCUGCCAAGGAGGAGUCAGUGCCAGGCCCCAGAGCACUGCCCACAGAUGGGGAGAGCGGCCGGGCCGGCAGGCAGGGGGUGAACUACACCAUCUCAGCCAUGAGCAACAGGGACGAGGAGAUCGGCCUGGACCGGGAGCACUUCAGGAGCCUGAAGAACUUCUGGGAGAAGGGAGCAGAGUCUUUAGGGGCAGGGGGCAGCCCAGGGCCAGGGCUGGGUGAGGCAGCCCCUCGGCAGCUCGGGCUGGGCCGCUCGCUCUCCCUGCAGGCCGCGCCAGGCCACGGUGCUGAAGGGAAGCCUGGUGCCUUCAGCAAAACAAGGACCCCCCACAAAAGGACAAUAACCCUGUCUUCCAGCGAGGAAGAGCCAAGCUGUACCACUCCUGCAAGGAAGGGCUCUGUUUCUGUCACUCCCAGCUCCACCUGUGCCAAGAGCAAAGGGGGCCUGGUUACAAGAAAUGACUCGCUGGGUGAAAGCAAUGGGAAGCUGCUGAUGCCAGAGGAAGAGAAGGUGGUGCAGCACUGCUCCAAGAAAUCCAAGCUGCCUGUGAGAGCACCUUCCAUCCAGCUCGAGUCACUCACCAAGGACGUGUCUGGCAGCUCGCUGGGGCCAGCAGGGACACCUGUGCAGGAGGAGCUGGUGGUGGCAGGAGAGUGCAAGCCCACAUGGAGGGCCCCGGCCAGCAGGGUGCAGAUACUGAUAGAGCCUGUGCCCACAGAUGGGGAAAGUGAGGAUGAGAAAGAGGAAAGAUCUGAUUUGGGCACUCAAGACAACAUGGAAAUAAAUGGAGAGCUACCUGAGGAAAAGAUGUGUGAGUCUUCAGACCAGCCAACACCUGGUGAACCAUCUGGAGAGAGAGAAGCUGUUCAGGGAACAGACUCAGCUGUUUACUCAGAGGAAGAUGGGGAUCAUUCUCCUGCUGCUCAGGCACUGGCCCGAGCAAAUAGCAUUAAUCUUGCAAAGAGCAUGGUGAACAUUUACACAACCACAGAGACAUACAAUAAACCUUAUUUGAUACCACAUCAAUUUCUUGAACCUGAAAGAGUGAAAGAACUGAGCAGAUCCUCUCCCCUUCUGUUGUCUGAGACGGAGUCAGACACGGCCUCGGAGCUCAGCUUCCAGCUGGGCAGGCACAAGAAGUCCCCCAGCACUGGCAGCCACUCCUCUGACAUGGCUUCUGUCUCCUCGGUGAGUGGCAGUGUGCUCAGUGUCUACAGUGGUGACUUUGGGAGUGUGGAUGCCCAAGGAACUGUGGAGUUUGCUCUGGACUAUGACGAGAAGAACCGGGAGUUCCAGGUGCACGUGUCCCAGUGCAGGGGCUUGGCUGUGGUGGAUGAGAGGAAAGGCAGAUCUGACCCGUAUGUUAAGACUUACCUGCUCCCAGACAAAGCCAGGAUGGGCAAGAGGAAAACGUCAGUGAAGAAGAGGACAGUGAACCCCGUGUACAAUGAGGUGUUACGGUAUAAAAUAGAGAAAAUGGUGUUGCUGAUCCAAAAAUUAAAUCUCUCUGUUUGGCACAAUGAUCCACUGGGACGUAACAGUUUCUUGGGAGAGAUUGAGAUAGACUUGGCCAGCUGGGACUGGAGCAACAGGAAACUCAACUGGUACCCACUGAAGCCCCGGAGCCUUUCUGCUGUUAAUGGUGUGGAUCAUCGAGGAGUGAUGAGUUUGUCCAUUAAGUAUGUCCCCCCUGGAAGCCUGGGGCCCAGGAACCCUCCCUCUGGUGAAGUUCACAUUUGGGUCAAAGACGUCAAGGACCUGCUGCAGUUGCGUCCAUCUGGAGUGGAUUCCUUUGUGAAGUGCUAUGUGCUUCCCGACACCAGUAAGAAGAGCUACCAAAAGACCAGAGUCAUAAAGAGAGACACAAACCCUGUUUUCAAUCACACCAUUGUGUAUGAUGGCUUUCACACAGAGGAUCUGAAGGAUGCCUGUGUUGAACUCACUGUGUGGGAUCAUGAGAAACUUACCAACCAUUUCCUUGGAGGAAUCAGGCUGGGCCUUGGGACAGGUUUGAGCUAUGGCAUCUCUGUGGACUGGAUGGACUCCACCCAGGAGGAGGUGGCCUUUUGGCAGGAGAUGAUGUUGGCUGCCAAUGAAUGGAUCGAGGGAUUGCUGCCGCUGCGCUCACUGGCAGGGAGGAAAAAGCUGAAAUAACCCCUUGGUGGUGCCAUGGAAAUGCCCAAUGUGCUCAUUAGAAUGAGGAAACUUCCUGCACCAGGGAGAGAGACCAUCCACAGGCUGCAAGUGUCAGGGGAAUGAGGCAGUUAAUGGGCAUCACCUUGGAGCUGUUAAUGUUCAGUACUAAUCCACUCACAGAGGACAUGGAAGAUGCCAAACAGGACUUUAACCAAGAAGAAACUUAAUUUGCUUUUUUGUUUAAUCAUUUAUGUAUAAUUUGAAUUCCAUUAAGCUCUGGGAACAUUGGCAGAA